GUGUGUUUUCCUCGUCAGCUUGGCCUUGUCACUCUCUGGUCCUGGUCUUAUUUCGUAGAGGGAGAGAGAGACUACACGGAGACAGGAACAGAGAGAGAUAAACAGAGAGAGAGACAGAUAGACAGAUACAGGGAGAGAGAGAGAGGACAGACAGACAGAGAGACAGACAGAUAUAAAUAAGUGGUAGCACAGUGUAUUUAAGUGGAUACAGAGACGCUUGUUCGCGGUUAGGAUACUCCGAAUCCACCCAGUUGGGAAUGGGUACCCAAGUUGACAGUUGUGGGAAGUGAAGUUGGUCAAGUACAGUACUGAACGGAAACGUAACUGACAUUGAGUGAACAAAAAUCGACUGAAACUCAUUUAGCUGAAAAAGAUGGCUAGACCGCCGAAGGAGCUGUGUGUUUUAGUGUUCAUCCCUGCUGUUAUGUUCCCCUGGGUGUUCUUCCAGCAGGAGUCCUCGACCAGGUGGGACAAGGUGGCGGCCAGGCUGAGCGGUCCUCUGGCAGGUGAUGAUCCUCGCGUGUUGCAGGUAGUGACGGACACCUACCUGGACCCUCCCUCAACCCUCCCCUAUAACCUCUCCACCAACCUCCGGUAUUCCACGGGAAAGGACCAGUUCACCUGGCCCUGGAUCCACCACUUCCUACAGCUGCUCUUCUCCGAGCAGCGGGGCGGAUUCUUCGUGGAAGCUGGCGCCCUAGACGGCGAGUAUCUCUCCAACACCCUGUGGCUGGAGCAGGAGCUGGGCUGGACGGGGCUCUUGAUUGAGGCUGACGUGAUCAACUACAAGGCCCUCAGGGACACACAUCGACGGGCUUGGUCAUCUAACACUUGUCUCUCCUCAGAGUUGUACCCCAAAGACACACUUUUCGUGUCUCGUUUUACCAAGAUUCAGACGAAUUUGUCACCGUGGGCUGCCAGAUCCCACGGCCAUGAAUUGCGUGAUGACGUCAAUCAAUCCAAACACGACAUUUUAGACGACACGUCGUACUCCACCGUACAGUGCCUCCCCCUCGUGUCCUAUCUGGCGGCCCUCACCGUGUCCUCCGUCGAUCUCCUCUCGCUGGACAUACAGGGCACUGAGGCCUUCGUCAUCAGAAACUUCCUCACCUCCAGUAAUAUCACCAUCAGGGUCAUCGUGGCAGAAAAUGAGUACAAUCAAUUUGACGAUGAGUUUAUGAGCCUCAUGAGAGACAAGGGCUAUGUGGUUCUGGCCGCCGCUAUUGACUAUGUGUUUGUGAGGAGGGACGACUCUCUGAUGACACGACCUGAGGUACAGCGGCUCCUCCUCAAGACUAACUCCUCCAAGGUGUAGCUGUGUUUGUGUACAGAAAUAUA